AUGGCCCCCUCAAAGACUGAAUAUAUGAGCGAUAUCUGGAAAGAUGGCAUCUUCGAAAACAAAGUCGUCUUCUGUACAGGCGGUGCUGGCACCAUCUGUAGUGCCCAGGUUCGCGCAUUAGUGCAUCUUGGUGCUAAUGCGUGUAUUAUCGGUCGCAAUGUAGAGAAAACCGAGCGAGUCGCAAAGGAGAUUGCCUCCAUUCGUCCCAAUGCCAAGGUCAUUGGUAUUGGCUCUGUGGAUGUUCGCAAGUUCGACAGCCUGAAGGAUGCUGCUGAGCGUUGUGUGAAGGAGCUCGGCGCUAUUGAUUUUGUGAUUGCUGGAGCUGCGGGUAAUUUUCUCGCUUCUAUUGAGCAAUUAUCUGUCAAUGCGUUCAAGUCUGUUAUGGAUAUUGACAUCCUGGGCUCGUACAAUACACUUAAGGCUACUUUGCCUUAUUUGAUGGAGUCGGGCAAGAAGCAUAGAGUUGACUCUGAGACUCUUGACCCAUCGCCGUCCGGCACCGGUGGUAGAAUCAUUUUUGUUAGCGCUACCCUUCACUACCGCGGCAUGCCAUUUCAGGCUCAUGUCUCUGUCGCUAAGGCCGGUAUUGACUCUUUAUCCAACUCUGUUGCUGUUGAGUACGGUCCUCGUGGUUUGACAUCUAAUAUCAUUGCUCCUGGUCCUAUCGAGUCUACUGAGGGAUUGGGUCGUCUUCUUCCAACAGACGUCAAGAAGGCAUACACCAGGUCUCAGCCUCUAGGCCGCGUGGGACAUGUGCGGGACAUCGCCGAUGCUACUGUGUAUCUCUUCUCCGAUUCUGGUAGCUACGUUAGUGGCCAGACACUUGUUGUCGACGGUGCAAAUUGGCGCACAUCAGGUGGCAUUGGUAACCUGCAGUACCCGGAUUUCCUCUUGUCGGGAGAAGAAGUCGCAAAUGUCACCGGAAAGAAGGAGUCGAAGCUUUGA